AUGAGGACCGUGAGACUGAGCCUGGGGCUGGCCCUGCUCUGCUUGCUGCGUGCGGAGGCUGAGAACUUGGGGGCUGCGGGGCUGGACACGAGCAAGAUUGCAGGGAAAUGGCACAUUAUUGCUCUGGCCUCCGACUCCGAGGGCUACCUCCAAAAGAAGGAUGAGCUGAAGAUGGCAAUGGCCAGCAUCACAGUCCUGAGGGAGGGUGACGUGAAGGUCUCCUUUGCAAUUCCCACACCGGAGGGAUGUAAGAAACGGGAGUCGAUCUACAAGGAAACAGGUGUCCCGGGUGAAUAUUACAGCUCUGAGGGAGGCAAAAAAACAGUGCGGGUGGUGGAUACUGAUGGCAAGACGUACGCAGUUAUCUUUGUCUCCAGAGUGAAGGACGGGAAGACCUUACGCAUGCUGAGGCUCUACAGCAGAACCCAGCAGGUGAGCCCCAAAAUCACAGCACUGUUCAAGAAGCGUGCAAGGGAGAAGAGCUUCACUGACGAGAUGAUCACAAUGCUGCCCAGCCAGGAGGAAUGCAGCCUCGAUGAAGCGUAG